AUGGCAAUAGUAGAGUUGGAAUGCGGUCUCGUUGCUAAAGCUGAAUCAAAAAGUGAAGUCACAAGGAAUCGUAAGCCAUACUUGUACAAAUCGAGACACCUACACACACUGAAAAGAGAAAGAGGAAGUGGAGGUCAGUUCCAAAAUUCAAAGAAAGAUGAGAAUCGAUCGAACGAGGCUGGAUCAGUUUGCAAUUCACAGUCUAAUAUCAAUCUCAAACCUAAGUCUAAACAGAGAGAAGAGAAGAAGAGGAAUAGUUUGAGCUUACCGAAAUUCGUAGAUUCUCGUUGGAGUUCUUGCUUGCACCAUCGUGAUAUCUUGAUCCCUAGACACUGGUUUGAAACCCUUGAGGUGAGCCGCCGCUCGCUUCAUCCUCCGACGUCUUCAUCAUCUUUGUAUGUUUCCGUCGUCUCAGCUUCGACGCCUUCGUUUUCAUCUUCGUGUUCUUCUCCUUCCUUUCUCCGAUUCAGACUUUCUUUUUAUCUAAUGCAUCGCCGUUGA